AUGUAUUUAAAUUCAAAAGAGCACGUACCACGUAUCUUGAGUAGUAUUGCCCAACAGUAUGAUGGUGUUAUUGAUUCGGCGUCUGGUGAUAAAUCAGACUCCUUCGAAAAUGCUGUUGUGAAAUUCUUAUGUUUGAAAUUGUGGUUGACAACAGAGUUCAUAGAAAAUAAGAAGGAUACAAGUGGUGAAAUUAUUGAAUUAAUACAUCGUAUUCAAGAAGAAAAGCGUAAAAAAGUCGUCAGUGGCAUGUUGAAAUUACUUGUUGAAAUUAACAGUCCAAUUCAAGGAUCCAAAUGGACUGAAUUAUUUAACUUAGUUGAACCAAAUCAACUUAAAUUCAAACAUUUGAGACUAACUACAUCAAUCGAUGCUUAUUUGAAAUAUCUAAUUCAAAUUGUGAGUACAAACCAACCGCGAAAUGCCGAUAGGGAGAGCAACGCUGUUAAAUCACUUCACGAUCUUGUUGCAAUGGACCAUUUUUCACGUAAGCCGACAUAAAAGCAGUUUUCGGAUGAAUUACUCAUUACUUCGGCGUAUAGUUGCAAAACAGAGCAAGGUUUUAGAGACAGAUCGAUGCUGCUGUCAUAGAAUAGCUGAAAUUAGUGCUGUUAUGUACCCUUAUCACGCAUGAAUACUUAUGUACAGUAGCUAUUAGAUGUCAUAGACUAUUUUUGACUUUAUUCCGCUAUCUAAAAUAUAGUAGAAAUCUGAGUGCGAUGUAAAUAUUAGGUCUUUGAUUUGUUUUAACAAAAUGUUGCUUAGAGAUCUACAUUUACCAUUAUUCGACAGGAAAGAUCAACACGAUUAUGUUUAUGUUUAAUGACAAGAUUCGUUUUUGAGCUUAGAAAGCCUUUAGCACCUUUCAAAAACUUUUUUUCAGAGGCACCAAAGAUUUUAAUACGAUAGUUAAACUGAAGCCAGAAUAGCGUUUGGUAUGAUCCUUCGUACAAUCAGCAGUUGUUCUUGAGGGUGUGGGUGUGGGUGUGGGUGGGUGUGGGGUGUGGGUGUGGGUGUGGGUGUGGGUGUGGGA